AUGGGUGAUACUCCGGAGGGAGAGGAGGAAGCUGAAAUGAGUCAGAAAGAGGGAGACACAGGAAAUGGCAGCCUAAAGAAGGCUGUGGCAUUCCUGUCUGGACUGGCCCUGUACCAGCUCCCGCAUGCCGCUAUAUCGGCUGGUAACUUUACGGUAGGAAGAUUUCAGAUUCCUCAGCAAUAUGUUGGCUUGUACAUCAACAGGAUGAUUAUACCGUACAGAAUCUUCUCACUACUAGGAGUUGCAGUGUUGACAGCUUACGAUCAGACUGGCAGUACGAAUAUUGACAAGAUAACAGUUGGACUGUUUUGGGGUGUUAUAGGCUGCUAUAUAGCCUUGUUACUCACAUACUGUUCAGGAGGAAUUCAGGGACAUCUCACUCUCUACUACUGGAUGGUCAUCUUGGCUUCAGCUAUCGUUGGUGCAGCCUUUGUCGGAAUCGUCAAGGCUUUAGGAGAUGAUGUAACUUACCUCCUGGUUGCCCUUCCAGUGUCAGGAAUUCUGGCAUCCUCCUAUCACAUAUCGUUCAUUGUCAUUUCUCAGUAUUUUAACUUCUCAAACAUAUACUACUGGCUGGUAUUCUGGCAGUGGAUUUGUGCGAUAUCACUGAUAGCGGCUGUAUCAGUUCUUGUCUGGACAUUCAUGGGUAAAACUAGUACUAGUACUACUACUACUGUUUCUAGCUCUAGUAGUGGUAGUGAUUCUGGAGGUAGUAGUACUAAUGGAGGCUUCUUAGAGGCAUUAGGCAAUGCAAUAUCUCCACUAUUAUUGGUUGCAUUCGGGUAUGGCAUCCAAAACAUGUUCUAUCCAUCAGUAGCUCCAUACAAAAUUAUUGGUAUAGACAGAGGUUACAAGAUUGAUGUGGCAGUUUUAAUCACGAGUGCUGUACCGCCAUUGUUAUUCUUGUACCUUAUAUCCAAAGGACAGGGUCCCAAUGUUAAGUGGACCGAGGGCAAUGCUCAUUUAUGGCAUUAUGCCUGGGCAUUCUUCGGAAUCGAGAUAUUUUGUGGAAUGCUCUUCUUUUCCACUCUACAUUACCCAAAUAGUGCCAUGCCAAGAGCCAUAAAGGAUAGUAUUUGGGGUCUCGGAUUCUUCACAGUACUCUACGAUUUCUCCGUGCAGAUGACUAGAUGCAUAGGAAGUAACGGAGUUGACAAGCAGGGAGGUAAAGAUGCCCCUAAGAUGAACACACUCAACACCUUUAUAUACUCCUUCUCUCAGGUGCUCUUUGCCUUUCUAGGAGAUGGAUACAUUAGAACAUAUCGCAAAGCAGAAGAGAGUUCAGAUUUAUGGCCUACUGCUCACUAUACCACAAGAAGAGCGUUCUGGUACUGGACUUGGAGUACAGCAAAGGUAUCAUUUAGCAACGUAGGAACUGCCUUUACCAGAGAUGUAAGGGGAGCUAUUCAAACUAAAAAGGAGCAUUUGUUCAUAGUCUACGAUGACGCUCCUCCUGAGGGUGAUCCCUUCUUUGACCUCCCAUUUAUUAAAAAGAAGGAACCCUCUAAAGAUAAUCACAGCUUAAAGGGAGCACACAUUUUUCACUAA